AUGGUGAAGAAAAGUAUACGUGGUGGAGUCACCCUCCAUUCACAGCAUCGAGAGCAGUGUUUCAGUAAAGAGGAUGACGAGUAUAUGGUGGAUGGUGAACACGAUAUGAAGUGGUCCAUAAUGCGCCUGCAGCAGAGUGGUCUCUCAACACAGGUGGUGGAGGCUUGGCUGGUCACACAGGUGGUGGAGGCUGUGUUGACCUCAACACAACAUGGCAGCUACUCUGUAAUUUUCAUUACGGACGGCACUACCUCACCCUCCACUGUCUUCAUGAUAAUUGAUCAUCUACGAUUACAAAGAGGAGUUGGAUUUUUUGAAGCAGUAAUUGAUUCCUCAGAUUCAAACCAGCGGGACAAACAUCUCUCACUGUUGGUUGAUAAUGUUAAGAUGCUGCGGGAACUGUCAUCAUACACAACAAUUGUGGUGAUAAGUGACGAGGCAACCUUCCUCGCCGCCUUCGUCAAGUGGUCCGUCAAGGGGCGCCUCAUGGUGUGGUCGACGAGGCUCCUCAUCCUCACUCACUCUCGCCUCAUGGAGCUGCAGGAUCUCCACACAACCUUGUCCAACCUCAACUCUAUGUUGGUUAUUAUCAACAACGACACUCCAUAUAUUAGGUGCAGUGUUUACGUCCAGCUGCCGUAUAGUCCGCGGGGAUCCCAGGUUGUGCAGGUGGCCUCCUGGACACCUCGUCGUGGCCUCCUCCUCACCUCACACCUCCCACUCUUCCCGGAAAAAUUCUCAAAGUUGCACCAUCGGCCGAAUUUUCUGGUGGCGAUCGAGGAAUCUGGCUUCUGUAGAUUAGUGAGGGUAAAUGACCCUAAAGGUUCUGAACCUCCCAAGUUUCAGUUCCAAGGUUCCUUGGUAAAGUUGAUGGAAUAUCUUUCUGGUGCACUUAACUUUACGUACUCCUUGGUGCGAUCUCCUGACGGAGCCUGGGGUGUUAGACUCAGUAAUGGUUCAUGGACCGGCAUGAUGGGCAUGGUGGUCAGGGAGGAAGUAAGUAUCGGUGCUGGACCUUUCUUGCUUGAUAUAUGGCGAGCUGAGGCGGUGGACUACACUGUACCAAUAUUGAUAGAUUACUGGAGGACCUUGGGGGGUCGAGGUCUUCCAGAGGUGGAUCCCUGGGGUUUCCUGUUCCCCCUGGCACCUCUGGUGUGGGCGACCAUCCUGGGGAUGCUGGUGGUGCUUGCUGCUGCAGUGUUCCUCAUGUCUUCCUUUUGCUCUCUCGAGAAUGAUGACAACAACUAUUGGUCACACGUCACUUUUGGCUUCGUUCGGAUAUUAUUACAGCAAGAUACGACGCUACCAAAAUACUGGUUGUGGGAGCGGUUGUUGCUGAUGGUGUGGCUGAUGGUGACUCUGGUGUUAACACGGAGUUACUCUGGCAACCUCAUGGCUCUCCUGGCAGUGAGACACAUCCAUGAACCUUACAAAACUCUUCGUGACGUGAUAGAUGACCCAUCUGCUAAGAUAUUAUGGGGAAAAGAUUCUAUUACAGUAACCAUUAUGAAAUCAGCGUCGUCUGGUGUUUACCGGGAGAUAAUCGAUGCAGAGAAGACUGGUCGGCUCAUAUUCAAACAACGUCCGGAGUUCAUGGAUGUUAUAUAUACUUUAGUGCGACGGGGCGACCAUGUCAGUACUGGUGCCCAUACUGGCUUCAGGGCUAUCAUUGCUCAAGAUUUCUCGAAAACAGGAAAAUGUUCAUUUUACGAGUCCAGAGAAGAGUUAAUGCAGGCAAUAUAUGUUCUUAUAAGUCAGAAGGGCAGCCCUCUUGUGCCAGCUUUAAAUAAGAGGAUAACGUCGAUGACGGAGGCUGGGUUGUUCUUCCAGUGGUUGAUAGCUGAAGAACCCAACUCCACUGUGUGUGAUCAUGUCUCCACCAAGAUCACUGUCAACGAGGCACUCUCCCUCAGUAGCCUCUGGGGAAUGUUUGUUAUCCUCCUGGUGGGUCAUCUUACCAGUCUGUCUGUGUUCUGCCUCGAGCUUCUCAGUCUUCAUAACAAACAAAUUUAGAUAUUUAUUUCACAUGUAAACAAUAACUAAUUACUGAAAAUAAAUCUUAUGUUACUUAAUAUCACUACUCACAAAGGUAUAUUAU